CCCCAAGCUCUGCACCCGCCUAGCUGUGGCGCAGGGUUGCGGUAGCUACUUGGACAGGUUGCUGAACUCGAGGACGGGUGGGCAGUCUCGACUACAUCCGGGCGCUCCAGUCACGCCUAGUUCCGCGGUGCCCCUUUCCACGACCUCGGCCGAGCAUGUUCUCCAGGGCCCAGGUGAGGCGGGUUCUGCAGCGGGUGCCCGGGAAGCAGCGACUCGGCAUCUACAGGUUCCUGCCCUUCUUUUUUGUCCUGGGAGGAACAAUGGAGUGGAUCAUGAUUAAAGUGCGCGUGGGCCAGGAAACUUUCUAUGAUGUCUACCGUAGAAAAGCCUCAGAAAGACAAUAUCAGAGAAGGCUGGAAGAUGCAUCAGAGACUGAACUUCAGCAGACAAUAAAGUGAAUAUGAAUUUUCA